AUGAUGAAUGCAGCAGAUAAUGUAAUUUUAGGAGACAAUAUAAAUGAAGAAAGAGAUGAUGAAGAAAGAGAUGAAGAUGCUGCAAGUAUAAUAGAUUAUUACAAAUAUGACAAGGAUGAAAACAUAAGUAAAUGUCUAGCAAGUUAUACAGUAUCAAACUACAAUGAGGGAUAUGUGUUAUACAAAGCUCAUUCAAGAUCUGUUGGUUUCAGUGUCAGAAAAUCAACAAAGAGAAGAGAUUCCAAUGAUAAAAUAAAAUAUAGGGAGGUAAAUGAGACAAGAACUGGAUGUAAAGCCCAUAUUCGUUUCAAGAAAAACAAAGAAGGAAAUUUCGAAGUUGUUACACAUGAGUUGGAGCAUAAUCAUGAAUUGGUUAUAGCAGUUCAACGACAUCAUCUAAGAUCAGAAAGGCAAAUAUCAACGCCAAUGUGUGAACUAAUUGAGAACAUGAUUGAGAGUGGUAUUAAACCAAUGGAUGCUUAUAAUUAUAUAAGCAAUGAAGCUGGAGGAGAAGAAUGUGUAGGUCAUACUAAGAGAGAUCACCUUAAUUAUGUAUCAAGGGUGAAAAUGAGUAUGGUUGAAGGUGGAGACAUGCAGAAUGUGUUAGACACUCUUCAAGAAAGAGCAGAUCAAGAUCCCUCAUUCUUUUAUAGAUUGAAAUUUGGAGAAGAAAAUAAUGUUGUGAGCUAUUUUUGGCGUGACUCCCAAAUGCUUGAAGAUUUCAAAGCUUUUUGUGAUGUUUUAAUCUUCGAUACAACAUACAGAACAAACAAAUAUGGGUUGAUAUGUGCUCCAUUUGUUGGUAUAAACAAUCAUUGGAAAACAGCAAUGUUUGGAUGUGCAUUCAUAACCGAUGAAAAGACCGAUACAUUUGUUUGGCUGCUUUCAAUCUUCAAAAAGUCAAUGUGUGGAAUUGAACCAAAAACAAUCUUCACUGAUCAAGAUCUUGCAAUGAGCAACGCCAUACCAGGGGUAAGCAGUUUCUGUAUUUUAUAUUAG